AUGAUCCGUGAGGCGUUCCGUGUGUUCGAUCGAGACGGUAACGGUUUCAUAACUGCCGAAGAGUUCAGAUACUUUAUGACACAUAUGGGUGAGCAAUUCAGCGAUGAGGAAGUCGACGAAAUGAUCGCUGAGGUUGAUAUCGAUGGUGACGGUCAGGUUCGUUGUGCUCUUUCAUUGGCACCUCUACUGACUCUAUUUUCAACGCAUCAUCAUUCCAGUUCAGGAAGUGACUUAGUCAAAUUAUUCCUUUAUAAACUGAUAGGCCAGUGCAAUUCGGUCAUGAUUGAAUCAUGA